AUGCAAAACAUUAAUUACAAAGAGAGCAAAUUUUAGUUUGAAUGCUUUAGAAAACACCUCCUUAAGGAUGCCAAGUAUUAUGGAUAUUUACUACCGAACCAAUUGAUUCUGACAACUGCUAAAUAGUCAUAGACGCCUAAAUAUAAUUUGCCUUUACUACUAAACACUUUAAUUCAUUUUGUCACUAAAUAGCCUUCAAACGAGAUUGAAUAGUUUGGUUUUUUAUAUAAAGAACAUUUCAAAUACUUUUAUGCCAACCCAAAUAUCAUAUUGUAACUUAAAGAACUUUUGGCUUGCAAAGUUAUGUUUAAAGAAAUUAGUGAGUUCUAUCAACCAAUAAGUAUGUUGGGGAGAGGUGGUUCUUCAAAAGUGUAUUAGGUGAUGAAAAAAGGCUCUAAAGAUUAAUAUGCUUCAAAGUGUGUCGAUAAACGAUACUUGAUAGAAGAUGGAGGAUUUAACGGAUUGUUUAAUGAGAUCCAGCUGAUGCAAAAGAUGAACCAUCCUAAAAUAAUCCACCUAGAGGAACUCUAUGAAGGGGAAAACACAUUUUAUUUGAUUUUGGAGUAUUUAUAAGGUUAGAGUUUACAUGAGUCUUUCAAUAAGAGACAAGUUUUAUUUGAGUAGGAAUAGAUAUAAACGAUAAUGUUUCAACUCUUGACAGCGGUUUAGUAUAUGCAUUCUUUAGGAAUCAUGCAUAGAGAUUUAAAACCUGAAAAUAUCAUGUUUAAGAGUCAAAACGCCUAUGAUGAAUUGAAAAUUGUAGAUUUUGGAUUGGCAACAUCAACCCAAGCUGAAACUUACCCUUUCCCUAAAUGUGGGACUCCUGGUUAUGUUGCUCCUGAAAUUGCUAACCUCAAGGAUUUGAAUUAUAAAUACGAUUUGAUUUGCGAUAUGUUUAGUAUAGGCUGUAUCUUCUAUAAAUUAUUAACAGGAAAAGAGUUAUUUCCAGGAACUGAUUACUAAGAAAUUUUAAAAUUAAAUAAAAAGUGUUCAAUUAAUUACGAACUACUUACUCUCUAUAGAGCACCAAAGGAAGCUAUUGAAUUAAUUGCCCAACUCCUAACUAUUAAUCCAAAAGAAAGAAUAUCAGCUUAAGCUGCAUUAUAACACAAUUAUUUUUAACUUAAAUUUUAAACCAAAAGAGGCAAAUUUUAACAAAAUAACAAUAAAUACACUCCUGUGUUUUAAACUCAAAAUUUUAAUCCUAAGGAUAAUAUUUAAAAAUAAAACUUUCACAUUGAAGAUGAUGUUGUUGAAGAUGAAAAUGCUCAUUCUGUUAAAGUACCUGUUAUGCAAAAAAUGAAAACCUUUGACCAAUUUGUGUGUAAAAUAAAACCGUAAGUUACACCUACUUUGGCUCGAAGAAACUUCAAAAAAUUCUAAACUUCAGAUUUUAACUCGGCAUUAUCCCCAAACUCACCUAAUCCAUUAUAAAUGGAAAAUAAACCAUCCUUAAUUAUCAAUUCCUCAAAUUAAGAUUUGGUUAAUGAAAUUCACACAAAAAAUGAGCAUCAAAUCAAUUAAAUGGGCUAGAUAGAUGAAGAAUAAGAAGAAUAAUUCUAAUAAAAUAUAUGA